AUGAAUGAUCAAAAUGAACAAUCUACACCAACUGGUUCUACAGGUAGUAAUGACAUUACUGAAAAUGUGGAAAAUAACCAACCUUGUUCUUCUAUUCUGGAUAUAAUGAAUGAUCAAAAUGAACAAUCUACAUCAACUGAAAAUAUUACUCUUCCUGAAACUUUAUAUAUUUCAACUUCAACACAAUCAAAUUUGAUCUAUGUAAAUGAUCCGGCUAAAUUUCAUAAAUUUAUCAAUAUUACACCAGAAUUUACUGAUAUGAUAGUACGAAAAGGGCCUUGUCAACCUACAAAUAAUAUUUUUAAGUAUCCAACAAAUGAGGAGCACAGGAGUUUUCAAGAGUCGUGGUUUACAAAAAAAUUAAAUGAUGGGACUUUGGUUAAUAGAGACUGGUUAUCAUAUUCUAUUUCCACAGAUAAAAUGUUUUGUUGUCAUUGUCAGUUAUUUGGUAGAACCAAAAGAGACAACUGGAUCAUUAAUGGUGUAAGUAAAUGGAAAAAUGCAUUACAUAAAAUUUUAGUUCAUGAAACAUCUUCAAAUCAUAUAGAUGCAUCUUUAAAAUUUAAAUUGAGAAAUCAAGUAUUACCUAUUCUUCCAUCACUGACCGAGAAAAGAAAAUUUGAAGUCCUCUGUAACCGUGGAAUAGUAAAAGAACUUAUCGACAUCACAUUAUUUUUAAGCCGCCAUUCUUUAGCUUUUCGUGGUCAUCGUGAAAAAUGGUCAGAUUCAUUGAGAGGAAAUUUCAAAGAUUUAGUAGAACUUGUUUCAAACUAUUCCCCUACAAUGGCACCAUACAUUUCAAAUUUAAAAAAUAAAAAUAAUAAACCUCAGUGGUCUUUCAUAUCAUGGCGGAGACAAAAUGAACUCAUAGAAUGUAUAUCAGAUGAAAUUGUUGGAAUCAUAUCUAAAAAAAUAAAGGAUUGUCCUUUCUUUAGUGUUUCACUUGAUACAACAUUCGAUGUAUCUCGAAAAGAACAAUUGUCGUUUAUUGUUCGUUACAUCGAUCAAAACUCUGGUAGUAUUUAUGAACGUCUAAUAGCUGUCCUGGAAACACCUAUAACAACAGGCCGUGAAUUAAUGAAUGUCUUUAAACAAACUUGUGAUUCGUUAAACUUAGAUUGGAAAAAUCAUCUUGUUGGUCAAUCGUAUGAUGGUGCUGCCAAUAUGAGGGGUAAUUAUAAUGGACUUCAAAGUUUAAUCAAAGAAAUUAAUCCUCACGCUAUUUAUGUAUGGUGUUGGGCACACCGAUUAAACUUGGUGAUAACUGAUGUAGUAAGUUCAGGAGUCAAUGCAAUGGAUAUGUUUGGAAAUUUAGAAAAAUUAUAUGAUCUAAUUAAUUCAAGUAAAAUUAGAGUUAUGUACUACGAACAGUUUCAAAAAGAAAAGUAUAAGAAGAAACAAAUUCGUCGAAUUAAACGUGUGACAACUACACGUUGGAUGUCGUUUUCAUAUGCACUGGACGUAGUUUUGAGUACAUAUUUGGCUGUAUUAGAUACAUUAGAAAUAAUGCGAAGUAAAGAUGGACCAGGUGAUAGAAAAAGUGGAUUUGAAGCUGGAGCGAUAAUUGAUUAUUUAAAGUCUUAUCGCUUUGUAUGGACAGCUUUGACUUUUAAAAAAUUGUUUGAUAUACUGUCACCAACCAGCUCAAUAUUGCAAAGCAAAGAUCUAGAUCUUAUGUUAGCUGUUUCAAUGAUUGAACAAAAUAAAAUAAAAAUAUCAACACUUCGAUCUGAUGAGAGUUUUGAAAGUUUAUCUCAAGAAGUAGAUGCUUUUGUUUUAGAACAAGCUGAUGAAAAUGAAGAAUUCAUUCAACUUCCCACUCCUCGUUCACGUAAGAAGAAAAAAAUGGCUGGUGAACUUUCAGAUGACGAGGUUAUUUUAGAUCCUAUUCAAAACAUUAAAGUGAACACAUAUUUUUCUGCAAUAGACAUAGUACAAAGACAACUAUCUGAACGUUUCAGUGAUAAAUCAAUUGGUGUUCUUAAGGAUCUAUCACUUCUUACAAGUAAAGUAAUUUAUAAAAUAAAUAAAGAUCCUAAUUCUUUACCAAAAGAUAGUUUCAAGUUCUUCUUAGAAAUAUAUGGAAAGUUUGUUGAUAAAAAAUAUUUAUGUUCAGAGUACUUACAAUUUGCUUCAAUUUUUAAUAAUCUUAUAACAUCAGAAGCUUUACCAAUUAACUUACAUAGAAAUUGUAAAGAAAUAUUUGGGAGUGAAUCUGAACCAGAGAUCGAUGAUGGUAGUGACGAAGAUGAUAAUAAUUCAGAAAAUAUUAUAUCAAACAUUAAAAACAAUUCGGGAAGUUUACAACCAAUUUUUCAAAUAUUUUUAAAUAAAGGUUUAAUAUCUGUAUUCCCAAAUGUUUAUACAAUGUUAAAGAUAGGAUUGACGUUACCGGUAACUAGUGCUAGUCCUGAAAGAGCGUUUUCCAAGCUGAAAAUAGUGAAGAAUCGACUUCGUUCUACUAUGGGACAAGAGAGAUUACAAGGAUUAAUGAGAAUAACUUGUGAAAAAGAUAUAAUUUUAAAUUAUGAAAAUAUCAUUAACACCUUUGCAUCUAAAAGUCCUCAUCUACUAAAAGCAUUAGUAUUAUAG